AUGGUGAUAGCCUUAGCAAGGGCAAAAUUAGAUGAACCUCCAGAGGCUACUAUGGCAUGUUUCCUAGCUGGUCUUAACAUGGAGAUUGCACAUGUUAUUGAGUUGAACUCUUACACUAAUUUGACUGAGCUGGUGCACAUAGCCAUUAAAGUAGAAAAACAAUUGAAGAUGAAGAGAGCUUUGAAGUAUGGUAGUGGUGUUCAUUCGGCUCCAAAGGCCCCGUGGAAACCAAAUAGAGUCAUAGUGAUUAGGGAAGAUGGGGAGCUAGAGAGUGAGGAAGAAAAUGAGGCCGAACCUUUGAUGUUAGUUGAGGAGAAUGAAAAUAAAGAGGAUGUGCACAUUGAAGAGCCAUCCGAUGGGUAUGACUUUGCAUUGGUUACCAUGAGGACCUUGAGUGCUCAACCUAUUGUGGAUAGUGAUGAGUUGCAAAGGGAAAACAUCUUUCAUACUAAGUGUGUGGUAAAGGAAAAAUUAUGUAGCAUGAUUAUAGAUGGGGGUAGUUGUUGUAAUGUGGCUAGUUCCUUACUUGUGGAGAAAUUAGGAUUGCCUACCCUUAAGCAUCCUAAGCCUUGUGGGUUGCAAUGGCUAAAUGAUUGCAACAAAGUGAAGGUAACUAAGCAAGUAGUGGUGCCUUUCACUAUAGGGAGCUACCAUGAUGAGAAAGAUGGCCGCAAACAUGCCUUGGUGCCCUUGUCACCAUCACAAGCACAUGAGGACCAAAUGAGAAUAUUGAGGGUUGUUGAGGAGAGAAAAGAGAGUUGGAGAGAAAAAUUAAGAGAGGCUGAGAACAAGAGUGAAGAGAGUAAAGAAAAGAGUGAUGGGAAAGAGAAAAAGAAAGAAGUGAAAGAAAGAAAGCGAGAAUACAAGGAUGUGUUUCAGGAUGAGAUACCUUCGGGUUUACCACCUAUUAGGGGUAUUGAACACCAAAUAGAUUUCAUUCUUAGUGCUCAAAUUCCUAAUAGACUAGCCUAUAGGAGUAGCCUAGCUGAGACUAAGGAGUUUAUUAUUGUCUACUUUGAUGAUAUUCUUCUCUAUAGCAAAAACAUUGAUGAUUAUUUGCAUCAUUUGAAACUUGUGUUUGAUGUGUUGAGAAAAGAAAAAUUAUAUGCAAAUGUGAAAAAGUGUUCUUUUUGCUUAGAAAGAAUUGUGUUUUUGGGAUUUGUUGUGAGUAGCAAAGGUGUUGAAGUAGAUGAUGAAAAGGUUAAGGAAAUUAGAGAUUGGCCAACACCUAAAAAUGCAUCGGAAGUUAGGAGCUUUCAUGGAUUAGCAAGUUUUUAUAGGAGAUUUGUACCUAACUUUAGUACAUUGGCUGCUCCAUUAAAUGAACUUAUUAAAAAGAAUGUGACAUUUGUUUGGGGUAAAGAACAUGAACAUGCAUUUGCCAUGCUUAAAAAGAAAUUAUCUUAUGCACCUUUAUUAAUUUUGCCUAAUUUUGACAAGACAUUUGAGAUUGAAUGUGAUGCAUCAGGUGUAGGGAUUGGAGCUAUUCUCAUGCAAGUGAAAUGCCCAAUUGCUUACUUUAGUGAAAAGUUGCAUGGUGCCACAUUAAAUUAUUCUACAUAUGACAAAGAAUUGUAUGCAUUAGUUAGGACAUUAGAGACAUGGCAACAUUAUCUAUGGCCUAAGGAAUUUGUCAUACAUUCUGAUCAUGAGUCUUUGAAGUAUAUCAAAGGCCAACAUAAGUUGAGUAGGAGGCAUGCUAAAUGGGUAGAAUUUAUAGAGUGUUUUCUUUAUGUUGUGAAAUAUAAGCAGGGCAAAGAGAAUGUGGUAGCUGAUGCACUCUCUCGCAAGUAUAAUCUUCUUACUACUCUUGAUUCUAAAUUAUUGGGAUUUGAGUAUGUUAAAGAAUUAGAUGAGCAUGAUGAUGACUUUGCUGCCAUAUUCCAUGCAUGUGAGAAAUCUACAUUCCAAAAGGUUAUGCAUUCAUCUAGUGGAUACUCUCCUUUUGAGCUUGUUUAUGGUUUUAAUCCACUUACUCCCUUGGAUUUGUUACCAUUGCCUAUUAAUCAUGUUGCUUCAUUGGAUAGUGAGAAAAAGGCUGAAAUGGUUAAAAAGAUGCAUGAACAAGCUAGGUUGCAUCUAGAAGAGAAAAAUGAGCAAUAUGCAUCUCAUGCUAAUAAGGGGCAAAAGCCUAUGAUUUUUGAACUAGGUGACUUGAUAGAAUUGCCUAGUGAUUAUGGUUUUAGUAAUACUUUUAAUGUAACUGAUCUUGCUCCUUUCCUUGGUGCAGAAACAAAUUCAAGGACGAAUUCUUCUCAAGUAGGAGAGGAUGAUAAGGAUCAUCAUGGAGCACCACCACCCUUCAAAGGGGCAAUCACUAGGGUGAGAGCUAAGUAA